CCGCGCAGAAGCAGGGGUUCCGCUGACAAACGUGAACGUAGAGAACGUAGAAGCCUUUUAACGCUUAUAUGCAGUUUCCCUGUAUGGCUGUUGUGCAUUAUUAAUCUAGGUAUUGCGUAUUUAGUUUAGGAGACACGAAUGCUACAUGAUAAAUCAGGUAAAACGGAUUGGGAGCGGGACCCCAGCUUCUCCCUCCGCCCUCCACUCCUCCCAGCUCAGGAAAGCCCAACCCACCAGGAGGUGCGUCCUCCGCGUUUGAGUCGCUUCGGCACCCGUAGUUGUGAACUUUGACAGCGGCUGGUCCCCGGAAAUUGGACGCAUGCGCCGUUUCUCUGCAUGGUGUGUGUUCUUAUUCUAGCUGCGGCAGCAGGAGCUGUGGCGGUUUUCCUAAUCUUGCGAGUAUGGGUAGUGCUUCGUUCCAGGGACGUUACGCCCCGGGAGUCUCUCAGUAUCUUGGUAGUGGCUGGGUCCGGUGGGCAUACCACCGAGAUCCUGAGGCUGCUUGGGAGCUUGUCCAGUGCCUACUCACCUAGACAUUAUGUCAUUGCUGACACUGAUGAAAUGAGUGCCAAUAAAAUAAAUUCUUUUGAGCUAGAUCGAGCUGAUAAAGACCCUAGUAACAUGUAUACCAAAUACUACAUUCACCGAAUUCCAAGAAGCCGGGAGGUUCAGCAGUCCUGGCCCUCCACUGUUUUCACCACCUUGCACUCCAUGUGGCUCUCCUUUCCCCUGAUUCACCAGGUGAAGCCAGAUUUGGUGUUGUGUAACGGACCAGGAACAUGCGUUCCUAUCUGUGUAUCUGCCCUUCUCCUUGGGAUACUAGGAAUAAAGAAAGUGAUCAUUGUCUACGUUGAAAGCAUCUGCCGUGUAGAAACGUUAUCCAUGUCCGGAAAGAUUCUGUUUCAUCUCUCAGAUUACUUCAUUGUUCAGUGGCCGGCUCUGAAAGAAAAGUAUCCCAAAUCUGUGUACCUUGGGCGAAUUGUUUGACAAAUGGCAACUGACUUCUUUAGAAUUUUGCAGUUAACAGUAGUAUGUACUCAAAUUGGGGGGAAAAAAACCCUACAUGUUUCUUGUAAAGGCAUCUGACAGUCCUGAGAAUUAUUGAUGGUAAGGAAUAAAAAAUGUACAGAUGACUCAGUGAAGAAACUGAAGCUGAGGCUUCUCUUAUGAAACAAACGUUGAUAAACGUAACUACUAAAUGUUUAUGCCUCUGUAAACCAAAUUUCUUUUCUAGAUAAAAAUAUGUGUUACUACCUGCAAAUUUUCUUCUGGCUGUUUUAGUAGUAUUUUUUUUACAGAACUAAAUAUAGAAUUUGUGUGAUUAG